AUGGCUGCUAUCAAACCCAACGAAGCCUAUGCUUCCGCCCACUCCGCGCCUCGUCGCACCGUCAAAUCGGACAAGAAGACCCCCAAGGGGACACGACGGACCUGCUGCUGGUUCCCUGUUCUGCCGCCCUCUAGUGGGUUGUUCCCUCGGCGCAGCAGUCGCCUCUCGCCAUUCCUCAAGCUGCCGAUUGAAUUGACGAAAUAG